GAAUCAGCCAGAGUGAACUAUAUUGAUAAUAUAGUAUAUUUGAUAGAAGCAAAUUAAAACAAGUUGAGUGACUAAUAAAGUUCUUUUUAGAUAAGUCAUUACACAAAUAUAAUAAAGUGAGUUAUUGCUAAGUUAUUAAAAAUAACUGCAAUUACCCGAAAUGGAUCGCCGAGCUCAGCGUCACCAUUAUAUGAGGAAUGAAUAUCGUGGAAAAAAAUACGUCCGAAAGUCUAAACAAAAAAAUGUAAAUCACAUCAUAAGAACUAAAUUUGGUCCGCGAGAUUACUCGAAUUACUCCGAAGUGUCAGAUGUAUCAUCAAUGAAGGAAACUGAUUAUUCUAGUGAAUCAGAUUUUGAUGGGUUUGAUACUUCGAUUGAUGAUAAACAAGCUGAUCGAAUUAACUGCUUGGACCAGUACAUUCUCAAUGCGGAAGGGCAUGUGUUGUCAAAUAAUGUAAAUUCAUCGCUAGUAAGGAUAAUCACAGAUGUUAUUACAAACGAAAUGGAAACACAACGACCCAUUAAUGAUAGUAACGAUGAAGAUGUAUCUAUGCCCGAGGAAAAAGUACCACGGAUCGAUGAGAAUGCGAAUGAUACUGAAACAAUCAGUAGUCUAGAACCUACAGAGUUUAACGACUUCCAGUCCGAGAAUUCUUUCAAUGCGACUAAAAAUCCUUUGAAAUUUAUGCCUGGGCUUGAAACAUCAGAUGCCCUGUUUAUCAUCUUAAAUUUUUACAUUAGGCAUAGACUCACUCAGGAGGCUUUGGUAGAUUUACUCAAGCUGCUCAAUAUUAUUACUGGAGUGAAAAAUUUCCCGGAAAAUUUUGAAACAUUCUCAAAUGCAUUUCCUGAUCCGUACGACACUUUUCGAGUAUACUUUUGUGCAAAUUGCCAAUGUGAAGUUGGAAGCCAAGCCCCCCCUAAGGGUAUCAUUUGCUCUGUUCCUGGAUGUAAUUCCAUGAAUUUUGAUUUUUUUGUGGUAUUACCUAUCGAAAAGCAACUACAAGAAACGGUUCGAAAAUAUAAAGUGGAGAUAGAAGAAUACGAACAAUCAGUUCAUGAAGAGAAUAUACCUAGCUGACAUCAGUCGAGGAUA